AUGAAGCUCACCGUGGAGUUGAUUCUUCAGGCCCCCCAGUUCAUUUCCCCUGCCAAGAACUGGACCCUUAACUUGCGAGGCUGCCAAGUGGACACCAUAGAGAACUUGGGGGCCACAGGCGACUACUUCGAGUGUAUAGACCUCAGCGACAACCAGAUCAUCAAACUCCAAAACUUUCCUCCUUUAAACCGCCUCAACACUUUAAUUAUGUGCAACAACAGAGUGGCUCGAAUUGCUCCCGAUCUUUUUUCUUUUAUUCCAAAUUUGGUUUCUCUUGUUUUGACAAACAACAGGAUCGAAAGACUUUCCGACCUGGAGCCUCUCUUCCAAGCAAAGCGUCUGGAGCGUCUGGUGUUGUGGGGCAACCCCGUGAGCAUGGCUUCUUACUACCGGCUUUUUUUGAUUUACAAAAUUCCGAGUUUGAGGUUUUUGGAUUUUUCAAAAGUUCGACAAGAAGAAAAACAAAAAGCAAAAAGCACUUUUGAAGGAGAAAACGGAAAGAAACUCCUCGAGCAAAUCGCGCCCCCGCGAAAAGCAGAAGAGGGCCCCGAGGGAGCAGCAGCAGCAGCAGGAGCAGCAGCAGCAGCAGCAGAUAAGAGGGGAACUCUCACGCCCCAGGAACUGGAGGCUGUUAAGAAAGCCAUAGGAAGAGCUUCUUCUUUGGAGGAAAUUUCGCGUUUGGAAAAUGCCCUCAAAAGAGGGAUUAUGCCGGAGGGACUUUUGAAUGCUUUUGCUGCAGCAAAUCGAGACAGCGAUGCCUGCCGUUUGCUGCAGCUGCUGCUGCAGUCCCCGGGCCUCGAGGCCGAUUGCACUCUGUCAGUGAAGCUGGCGAAUUCUUACGUGGCCCUCAACAGAACCGAAGAAGCAAUUUCAGUCCUUCAGCGCUGCAUCGCAGCAACGGAGGCCUGCUACCCCGCCUUAUCAGGGGUUCGAGAUGCCGCUGCUCGUUUGCUGCUGUCCAAUUUGCUGCGGCAGCAAGGAGCAAUUUUAAAUGCAGAUUGUUUGCUGCUGUCCGUUUCCUUCAAGGCCCUCUGGGACACAGAAUUCAUCCCAGACGCGUUGCCCCCCGAAGAAAGGGCGCUGCAGUACGAGCAGCUAAAAGAAGCAUUUAAAAAGCGACAAGCAGCAGCAGCAGCAGCAGGAGCAGCAGCAGCAGCAGCAGCAGCAGAAGAGGGGGCCCUGGCAGCCCGCUUCUUGUCUCUUGUAACAGAAUGCGAAUUAGAUAUUCGAAGAGUCAGCAAAGAGGCUCAAGAAAGAAGAGUCAAAGCAGCACAAAAAAUUAAACAUCCAAGCACUUCUCCAAAACUUCCAACUCCAACCAAAUCCAGCCAAAUCCAACCCCAGGGGGCCCCCCAGGGGGGCCCCGAGGGGUUCACCGUCUCAGACUCCCCUAGGGGGCCCCCUGCUGGUGAGGACCCAGCGGGGGCCCCCUGCGGGGCCCCACAGGGGUCCCUCCAGGAGGGGGCCCCCCAUGGGGCCCCCGAGGGGGCCCCUCAGGGGGCCCCCGAGGGGGCCCCUCAGGGGGCCCCCGAGGGGGCCCCUCAAGGGGCCCCCCAGGGGGGCCCUCAGGGGGGGUCAGAAGGGACCCCGUGUGGGGGCCCCUCCGAGGACCCGUGCGGGGUACUCGAGGGGGGCCCCCCAGGGGCCCCCGAGGGGGGCCCCCCGGGGGCCCCCGAAGAUGAGGGCCUCGAGGGCUACUGCGAGUUUCUGUGCGCGGGGGCGGAACUGCUGGGGGCCCUCCGCCGCUGGCCAGAAGCUGUGAGGGUUUUGGAAGGGGCCCAAAGAGACUGGAGACAAAAAAGGCACUGGGGGGCCCCCCAGGAAAAGAAACAACUCAAAGAAAAACUCCAGCUCGCCACCCUUAAACUGAGUCUGGAGGGGGGCCUCCACAGACUGGCCCUCAGUACCCUCCGCCGGCUGCUGCAGCGGCGGCUGCGGAGGGGGCCCCCCCCGGGGGCCCUUUUGGGGGCCUACGGGCGGCUGCUGUUUAUGCAGGGGGCCCCCUGCAGCAGCAGCAGCAGCAGCAGCAGCAGCGGGUGGAACGGGAGCUGGAGGGAUAAGGAGAUGAUGCUGGAGAACCGGCAAGAAAUCUUUUUUAUUUUUAUUUAA